AUGGACCAGGUUAUAGAAGUAAUUUUUUAUUUUGGAGUUUUGUGUCUUGCAGUGCCAGUUUCCAAACCCACCAUGCUGCUGAGUGACUCGUCGCCAGUGGAAGGCACAUCAGUGUUGAUGCGCUGUAUUGUGGAAAAGGGCACAGAACCUAUUAACUACACAUGGGAGCAGGAGAGCCAGACUGGGCUGAUCACAACACUGGCCAAGGAAAACAGCAGUGUGGUCAGUGUUUCUCGGGUCUCCCGUAAUCACACUGGCUGGUUCAGAUGCCUGGCCAGGAAUGAGGUCAAUCAGCAGCACAGUGACCGUAUCUGGUUAAAUGUCUUAUUUGGUCCAGACUUGCCUCAGAUAGACGUCACAGCCUACUCAGUAACAAAUCAUGGAUACACAGCUCUGGAAAAUGGAACCAUCUCCCUCAUGUGUCGAGCCUCCUCUAAUCCUCCUAGCCAGUACGUCUGGUUCUACAACAACUCCCAGGUCUACAUUGGACCAAAACUUACCAUCACCAAGAUCCUCCGUAUGCAAGCAGGGUACUACGCCUGUCUGGCCCAGAAUGCUAAUCUCAACACCCGCUCUAAGAAAACCGUCACUCUCAUUGUCUACUAUCCACCAGAUGGAGCUCCAUCAUGUUCCAUAUUCCCAAUAAAUAACUACACUGACCUGGGUCUUGUUUGUUCCUGGGUGGGUGGAUACCCACCACCGAGUCUAAACUGGAGUCCAUUUGUGAAUGGAGACGAUCAACAGGGUCCUGCUAACAUCACUCGAAUUCAGCCAGGGUCAGAGACUUCUAACAACUCUGUAUUCACCUGCUAUGGCACACAUGUCACACUAAAUGUUCCCCAGAGCUGCAGCACCAGGACAUCUUUUAACAAGUUGCGUUUCUCAGGGCUGCCUUCUGGAGAACCCCAGUGUUUUGCAUAUGUGACUCGUAAUAAUGAGUACCUGAUGCUUUCCUGCACCUGGGAGGGCGGUGUCCCUCGGGCUCUGCUGUGGUGGGCAUCCAGUUCAGGAGACAUGCAGGGAACGUCAGAGGAGAACUCUAACAUCCUAGUUCUGCGAUCCAGUGCCAACUACAGUGGCAAAGCCUUCAUAUGUCAUGCCAAACAUCCACUGGCUAAAGAGAGCAAGCAGUGUGUGUUAAAACUAGAGGCACCAGUAUUGAUGACUCAGCGCAGUAUGGUUUCAGUAUAUGAGGGCAAUGAUGUCCAGCUGACCUGCAUCCUGAGCAAGAAUUAUCCUGCAGUGACAGAAAUCACCUGGUACAAUAAUGUAAAGCAGAACGUUGGUGAGACACCCAACAAAUACAUCCUUCAGCAAGCUGCUGCCUGGUUUAACCUGACCGUUAGGGAGACAGAUAGCAUGGUGGACAGCGGACAGUACUGGUGUUCCGCUACUAAUGCAGUUGGAGGUGCAGAGAUUCCCAUCUCGCUCGUGGUGAAGCGGUACCCAAUGCCUCCAAACGUGACCAUCAGUAAGAUCACAUACAGCAGCCAGCAGAGGACAGAUGUCAUGUUGGAGUGGUUGGUCCAGAGAGAUGGAGACCUCACUGGGUUCUUCAUUGAGCGUCAGAGGCUCCCUGUAGGCAAGACUGAUGUUGUUCCUCUUUGGCAGAAAGUGGUAGUAGAUCUGGAUCCAAGCACCCGCAGCUACCAGAUAACCAAUCUGGAUCCUAGUGGGAAAUAUGCAUUCCGUGUGACUGCUGUCAAUCAACGAACCACUGGACAUCCAUCAGAGAUCAAGAGCCCAGGUGAGAUAUGCAUGUACCUGUUAUUUUCUCUCACAGUCCACCAGCCAGCUAUUUUUCAGAAUGCCCCUUUCCCUCCCAAAGUGCUCAAUCCUCCAUUCGUGAACCCUUCUAAAACUAAAACUAAAUCCAGUUUUCAUGAUACACAGUUUACACUGCUAUUAUGUCUUCCAGCAAACCCACCCUUUAAAGCUUAUCCUGCUGUUAUUGGAGCAGCCAUUGGAGGCAUGCUUCUGGCAACAUUAUGUACAGUCCUGCUCUUCAUUUACAUGCUGAGGAAUCGCAACAACCAUCCUCGUAUCCAUAGCUUGAUAUUUGGCAAGCAGAACAACCAGUCAAGAGAAAAUAUCAACGUCCCUGAGGAUGAGGUGGUUGCAGGUGCAGAGGGAGAAGGACACACAGAAGAAACAAAUUCCCCAAAUACAAAUUCCAACAACUAA